CUUUGUGUGCGCCAACUUUUCGCCGGUCGGGAAACUGGCAUUCCUGGCAACACACCAUCAAGUCCCCAAGCCUGUUGUCAUUCGAUUUUCUUUUCCUUUUCCGCCCACGCAUUCUCCAUCCCGGAUUUUCCCGGCUGUUGCUCUGACCAGUCACCACCUCCCAAAGCUUGGAAAGCUUGCUUCCCUACCAGGCUAUCUUACUAUUCUUGUUCUACCCGCCCCUCCAUCUCAUACCCUCCAUCACAGAACUAUGCAUGAGCUUCUGCUCUUCGCCUCGGUUCCAGCGCACCAGCAUCAUGAGCUGCUCCAACAACUGACAGGGUUGACUGCCAUGCAACCCCGCCACCGACUGGAAAGGCGUUUGAUCUUCAAGGCCUACCGGAAGCCAGGGUUGAUCAAUACGCGUGUCGGUGCUAGUCAGGAUUUACAGGGUGGCGCCGACAUGCAACGUUUGAACAAAAUGUUGAAUGGUGGCAUGUUCUACACGCAAGUCGUCGGGCCCGUUUCCGAAGAGGACUUUGGUGCCAAAUCCUCUGUCGGCGAAGACCAGGAUGCUCUCAUGUCGGGCACAGGUGACAAUAUGCCCGGGAUUAAUGACCCUUCCUAUCAGUAUGACCGCCAACCCUGGCGGUUGGAGUUUAAGGAUAUUCCUGAAGCAGGAACUCGGUCCGCAGUCACUUCACGAUUAAUGGCCAGUGCCGGUCUGCCCAAGGGUGAUAUUAUGGUGCCCAUGGACGCAUGGGGUUACAGUUUUGUCACCGAAUACGUUGUCGAGGGUGAUCUUUUUAUCCACAAUGAUAUUGUCAUCUUUCUCCAUCGUGUUCUGCAUUAUCCGGUUGACGGCCAGCAGGCCCAUGACCCGCGACGGCAGUUGCCUGCUUUUCAGAACAUGUCCCCUCUAGAACCGAGCGGGAGUUAUGUUCUGCAAGCCGCCAUCACGGUCCAGGAUGGCGGCAAUCAGGAGACGAUGAAGACUGCCUCACAGCACCUGUUUGGGCUUCGAGAGCAGCUGAAAUCGGUCGUUCGCCUAGAGCAGGCUGACCGACUGUCUUUAGAUACACGGGCAAAGUAGCCUUUUGUAUUGCUGCUUUUGAGCUUUGAGCCUUUUAGAUCUAGCAUUAUACCCGGGAAUCUUCCCAAUAGACUUGAAUAAUGAUAAUGAUUAUGUAGUACAUGCGUGAAGUUGUAGACCCCAUCUCUAAAUAAAGUAAGCAUGUGACUUCGUGAAGCCAACGCGUACCGGCGCGUCGACGCCGCCUUCCGCUCCGCAUCAUCGCCAUUUACUGCCAGCUAAAAUCUACCCCAUACCAGCUGAACAUCACCACCAACUCUAGUCUACAGACUCGUAAGAGAUACCAGCGAGAUUUUCCAAUUAACUAGACUCAGA